ACACACUUUGGGAGGCAAGGGCUUAUUUCCACCCCCAUCCUACAGAUGAGAACGUUGAGGCCCAGAAAGGGGAAUGUAUUUGCUCAGGUCACGCGGCUAGUGUAUGUCUGGCCCCAUAACCAGUGGUCAAGGGAUCUUAGUGGAGAAAGAAAUAAUCAUGAACAGCUACGAUCUGUGAGCAUCUAUCUUACCAGGCUCCUUGUUAAGACCUUUCCGUGUGUCAUUUCAUUCAAUUAUGUCCUGCCUAAAGUAUGGGUUGUGGGCCCAUUUUAGAGAGAAGGAAAAUGAGGCCAGAAAGAGGGGCUGUCACAUUAGGUGGAGCCAGGAUUUGAAUGCUGUUCAGUUCAGGAGGUCUUCUGUCUUCCCUUGUGAGGCCAGAGUGAUGAGAGGGUAGAAAGGAGGGAGGCCAGCAGGUAAGGUCAUGGCCUUUGAUUGUCACUGUCACCUGGGCCCCUCUCUCUGAAGUUUCUGCCAAGGGGCGUGGGGAGGCGCCAGGGGAGGGUUUUGCUCAGGAUAGCCUCCCUACCCCCUGCCUGGGGAGCUGAGCACAGAGGGACAGAGGGACAGAGCCCCCAGAAAUGUUGCUGCUUGGACGCAGGCCCCAGGCCCUACCCUCCCGCUGCCUCUGCGUUCUGGUCCUGGCCUGUGUUGUGGCAUGCCAGCAAGAAGCGCCUGCAGGAUCCCCCAGCCCCUCGCCAGGGCUGGCGAGUAGUUCCUGGAGCCUGGUGCAGGGCAAGGUGGAGGAGCUGGUGACCAGGACCAGAGAGAGGUGGCGGUGGUUCUGGGGACCUGGGUCCUUUCAGGGCUUUGUGCAGACCUACUAUGACGACCACUUGCGGGACCUGAGUCUCCGCACCCAGGCCUGGCUGCAAAGCUCGAAGGACAGCCUCCUGAACAGGGCGCACAGCCUGUGCCCCCAGCUUCUCUGCGGGGACGGUGACCAGGAUUAAAGUGUUCACAGCCUCCACAAUAAAGAAAUUCUUCUCGUC